GUUGUGCCGGCGCUGUGCGCGUCUUCAUUUCGUCUGUGCAGCUCAUGCAGCCACACCAAGCCUUGCAUUUGGCGACCAAUUUUAGUGCAUAAGUUAUGCCAUGUCGCUGCCCUAAGACACUCCCACGAGUCGACAACCCUGCACUCAAGCGUAUGAGUCCGGCAGGGGUCGGUCAUGCAUGGAGACCACCGCUAUGGUUGGGCUUGUGGGGACGCUUGCGCUGCGCCCCGACUCCCUCCCACACCUGUAGUCAACCAAUUCCGAGCGUCCGUCGGCCAUCUUUUACUUUUUCAGUCUUGGUCACUGUCUCGUCGCUCGCUGAUCUAGGCUACUUAUCCAGGCCUUCCCUUCCGUUCGUUGCGCUUUCCUUGUCCAAAGGUUUAUCAACCUCAUCGCUUGUCUUUCUCUUUCCCCAGUACUCUUCCUGGUCUUCCCUUUUUGGUUUACAUUUGUACAGUCCUCCCGUCGAUUGUGCAUUGUAACCGUUCCUUCCUUUUGGAUUAUCCCAAUCUUCGUCAACGCACGACCCUAUGACAUCUUCGCUCCAGUAGAUCCACAUAUUAGUAGACAGCUUCAUCAUCUUGAAGUAGUCGUCCAGUCACUCCCUCGACAUUCCAUUGCUAUACAGCACUUGACAAUUUACACUCCGCCUAAUAUAACACCACUCCACCUUCGUACCAAGGAACCAAUCGGAGAACCAUCUUACACUUGAUCAACUAGCAUACAGUGAGUACAGUAGUAUCAUUCGAAUACACCCC